AUGGAUUCAACGACCCUUAGCCACCUCCACUUUGUUUUCAUCCCCUUAAACGCCCCAGGUCAUCUUCUCCCUAUGGUAGACAUGGCCAAAUUGUUGGCACAACGCAAAGUGAAAGUAAGCAUAGUGACCUCAACCCUCAAUUCCAUCCAAUUCCAAGAUAGCAUCGACAAAGAGAUUCGAUCUGGGUCAUCCAUCCAAAUUCUAAAUGUUAAAUUUCCAUGUGCGGAAGCUGGACUACCAGAGGGAUGUGAGAGCAUAGACACUUUGCCUUCGAUGGAUCUACUGAUCAACUUCAACACCGCUUUAGACUUGUUGCAGCAGCCACUAGAAGAGCUGCUUGAAAAGCAAAGACCCGUCCCAAGCUGCAUAAUUGCAGACAAAUAUAUCAUUUGUGUGGCUGAAAUUGCUAACAAGUUGAAUGUCCCAAUAAUAAUAUUUGACGGGACUAGUUGUUUCUUUCUCCUAUGCAACCACAAUUUGCUAAAGGAUAAGGUCUAUGAAGUUGUGUCUAGUGAAGAGAAAUUUCUUGUCCCCAAAAUUCCCCAUAGAAUCGAAUUGCAAAGAUCUCAACUCCCUGGGAUAUUCAAUCCCGGCACAAAUCUCAAGUUGAAUGCUCGACGUGAGAAAGUAAUGGAAGUUGCAGAAAAAGCGCAUGGGAUAGUGGUUAAUAGUUUUGAAGAGUUGGAAGCAGAAUAUGUUAAAGAGUAUCAAAGAUUAACGGGUCAUAAUGUAUGGUGUUUUGGCCCUGUGUCAUUGUGCAAUAGGGAUGAUAUGGACAAGUCUCUAAGAAGCAAGAGAAACUUAAGUUAUGAGAAUGAGUGUGUGAAGUGGCUAGAUUCAUGGUCUCCAAAGUCAGUGAUUUAUGUCUGCUUUGGUAGCCUAAACCGUGCAACACCGGAGCAGUUGAUAGAGCUCGGGAUAGGAUUGGAAGCGACUAAAAGACCGUUCAUUUGGGUGCUUAGAGGUGCAUAUGGAAGAGAGGAGAUGGAGAAAUGGCUGCUGGAAGAUGGGUUUGAAGAAAGGGUGAAAGGGAGAGGGUUUUUGAUCAAGGGUUGGGCGCCACAAGUGUUGAUCUUAUCACAUAGCGCAAUAGGAGUGUUCGUGACACAUUGUGGAUGGAAUUCCACACUCGAAGGGAUUUGUGCUGGCGUGCCACUGGUAACUUUUCCUCUGUUUGCUGAGCAGUUCCUCAAUGAGCAACUUGUUGUAGAAGUAGUGAAGAUUGGGGUGAGAGUGGGAGCUAAAUCUGUUGUGCGCUUGGGAGAGGAACAUAAGUCUCGGGUUCAGGUGACUAGGGAAAAUAUUAUGGAUUCUAUUGAGAAGGUAAUGGGUGAAGGCCAAGAAAAAGAAGAUAUAAGGGAAAGGGCUAGAAAGUAUGCAGAUAUGGCAAGGAAAGCAAUGGAACAAGGUGGAUCUUCUUACCGCAACAUGUCCCUACUAAUUGAUCACAUUGUGCAUGUCAAAGGACAACAACAUGGUCAAAGGCUGGAACUCAGUGGGAGAAUCAAAGCAUAUGAAGAAUAA